AUGCCGGUUCCUUACUGUUUCACGAGGUGACAACUUCCGCUGGAUCCCCCACAUAUCUCCUAAUGUAACUGAUUUGUUGCAGCCGUUUUACCGACUCAGACACCGACACAGACACGGAAGAUAUGUACUCCAGCGAGAGCGGCUUACAGUUCAGGGUCAUGCACGGGCAGGCCGGAAUCAGGAAUGGAGUUACCGAUGGUGAGAAAGUUGGCGAAUUCAAGUGCGAGAAGUGCGAUGUCAGGUUUUUCAACGCUGAGGCUUUGCAUCGACACAUGCUCCAAGGGGCUGCCGAGAACGGUGGCGGGAAGCAUUAUUACUGUGCCAAGUGUAGGAUCAACUUCAAGGAUGAGGGAGCUCUGAAGGAGCAUAAGGUGGAGAGUUCCGAGCAUGUGGUUUGUCAUGAGUGCUCUCACGAGUUUACAAUUGUUGAAGCGCUUGAGCUUCAUUGUAAGCAGGUGUGUUUCACGCUCUCCCUUUCUUUCUUUCCACUCCUGGAAGAUAUUUGGCAAGUUAAUACUACGAUUAGGUCCACAAGCCCAAGCCGCCGCCCACUCAUACCUGUCCUGGCUGCGAUCUCCUGUUCAACAGCGUUUCCGGCAUCACCCAGCACCUCGAAUCCGGCCAGUGCAAUGGCGGCAUUACUCCCUCGGAGUUUCGUGAGCUCAUAAACUAUGAAAAUACCCCGCUCGCUAAGCAGGACCUCCCCCUCAACAUUCUCGCUGGCAGCACUACCACUCACACCUGGCGUGCUGGUAUUAUUCCUCGACGUGUUAAAGCCGCCCUCGCCGAGUCCGGUGCUGGCUCCAAGCCCGGGGAGCUCGUCCCGAAGAAUUUCGUUAGCGUUCUCGACUACACUCUCCCCGCCAAACCGGCAAGUCCUCCCGCGGAGAGCCUUCGUGAGCAUUGGAACGAAAUGCUCAGUUCCUAUGUCUGCCCCCGCCCCAAGUGCGGGAAGAAAUUCAUUUCUACCACCGCACUUAAAGCGCACCUUGAUAGCAACACUCACGACAAGAAGUCUUUCCGGUACCGCUCUCCUUCUUUUAUCUAAAUCCACAAAAAUACUAACGGCUAGGCAUGUAGUUGUCCUUCCUGCUACAAUAGUUUUGUCUCUUCGUCCGCUCUCAUCCAACACGCCGAGUCCGAAGCGUGUGGCGUUAAGCGCUCCCCCGCUUAUAAGCAGCUCAUCAAGGGUGCCACUGGCGGAUUGAUGGAUGGGGAUAAGAAGCCGGAGUACAAAACUGGUUGGUAGAAGCCAUAGGUGGAAUAAAUAGUAGGGUGGAACAAAGCGGUAUCGAAUCUUUAGUUGGCCUAUAUCAUUGCAGUGAGGUUGGGGAAACUUUUCUCUUUUCUCAUUUCUGAUGCUCUGCGGAUGCACUCUUUGUUUUCAUUCUUACUUACAUUUCGCGAUCUCCCUUGGUGUCUCCAAAAUAACGAAUUAAAAUUCCUG